GGCCAUAUGUGAACAACCUAUAACAUACCUUUGGUCUACAUUUCAACAUCCAAACACCCCUCCCCUCUCUCUCUCUCUCUCUAGUCUCAGACUCACAGAGCUAAGCUAUGACUAUCUCGUCUCUUCUUCAAAAUCCCUUUCAAAUGAUCCCUUCUUCUUCUUCUUCUUCACUCGAUUUACUCCGUCUCCACCUAGGAGAAGUCCGUUUCCAUGCCAUGAAAGUUGCAGAGGUUGAAGAAAGCAGUAACAAACAAGAAAGGGUCCACUCUCGCCCAAUCAAUCGACCCUCUUCACCUGCUUUCAUGUCACCAAAUGCCAGUCGACUCUACUCGGCUGCAGUAACCAACGGCUCAAACAGUACCCCAAGCUUGAGCCCAGAGAGGGUCUUUUUGUCUUCAAUCCCCGUCAACGGCCCGAGCCGACAAGAUGCAAUCGCUGCAAGUACGGGCUACCGCCUGAACAUGGACUUACACAGCAGCAGCAGCAGCAGCCAUCAUGUCGUGGGUUUCUGUUUUCUGCCGCCACCUGACCUUACCGAUAUGAACUACGCGGCGGCGAGGUGCAUCCCAGACCUUAACUUGCCACCAUCAGAUGUCUCAGCUUCGGAGCUGGUCCUAGGAAUCAAGAACAGAAACAUCCUCCGAUUUAUUGAUGCGGUGCGUUCGUUGGUUGUCAAACACGGGAGCCCCGAGGAGCUGGCGGAGUACAUGAAGAACAAGAGCAGCUUGACCGAACCCCAGCUUUGGAAUCUUGAUUCUACCCGGAUCUGGAAUAUGCUGUCCCUCUCCCGGGGAGGUGAAAUUGAGAAGGAGCUCAUGGAGGAAGGCCUCAUCGAAGCCCUAAUUCGCGUCGAGGAUCUUCCAUCGCCGCUGGAGCUGGUCCUCGCUCCGCCAUAUCACUAUAAGGCCUCCUUCAACCAAGAUGCCAGGAUUGAUUACAAGUACAAUCAAGCAUCAACUUCGUUCGAAGAGACUUUGUCCUCGGAUGCCCGCAAUUAUGAUGUUGUUGAUGAUGAAGAAGAGGACCAGAGCAGCGGUAAUUAUGAUGUUGAUGAGGAGGAGGACGAGAGCAGCGGUGAUGAGGCUGAUCAUCAUCAGGACCAGAAGCGCAAGGCGGUGGCUGUAAUGGACGACCAGGAUCCGUAUGAUCAGCAUCUUCAGAUGAAGAAGGCCAGGCACGGUGGAGCUCUUCGUAUUGAUGAGCCCAACAACGCCAAUCCAUGAGGCUGAAGCUGCAGAGGAGAGGACUCAUCAUCAUCGGCCUCAACCUACCAGUCCAAAUGGCCCCAUCCAUCCACUUUUUUCUUUAAUUUUUUGUGUGCAAUUAUAUAUACUCGAAUCUAUGACUUUAGUAAUUAAUAAAUUAGAUGCAGGCUGGAAGUUUUUCGGGUAUUAUUAUAUACGGAUGUUCCGAUGUUGUAUUAUCAGAGACAUAUAUAUACGUGUCCUGGAUUGUGGUUUGUUAUUGCAAUUAUCAGAAUAGUCAAUUUGUACUGCUUUA